CUAUAGAAUGUGCCAAAAACUUAAUUACUCUUAAUUUUGAAAAACAACUUUGAGUCCUAAACACCACAAAUUUUAAUUUAUGUUUUUAAAAGUUGAACUCGUUUUUCAUUAAAAAAAAAAGAAAAAAAAACUACGUCGUUUGGAGUAGGGUUAAAAACCCCAAAGGGCGGGCCGAAUUGUUUUUUUUUCCUUUAGCCGCUUCGCCGACUUCACUUCGACUCACCCAGAGCCAGCCGGCGAACGCGCAGGCGUCGCACCCAACCUGAGACCUCAUUUACCCCUGCGACAAGCGUCUCCGACGCUCUUCCCUCAGUGCCUCUUUCCACUGCAGAAACUAGAAGGAUUUUACUUAGACAAAGUGUGGGUUAUCUUCCCAACCCCGAUAGUCAUCCUUCAAAACCCAUGGCAUCUAAGAAGAAGAAAGAAAACACAUCCUCUCAGUCUACAUUGAUGAAGCUGAAAACCCUAGGCCACAAACUUCUGUCUUCUAGGGCACACAUCAACAACCUCCCUAUCCUCCUCACCUAUAUCAGCCCCACUUCUCCUCCCCAAUAUGCCCUCGAAUCACUCCUUUCCCUCCAAGCUUUCUUCCUACCUCUCAUCCCUGACCUCCCUUCAACUACUGCAGCUGCAGACACUGAAGAACCCGAAGUCAUCUAUCGCAUUUGGCUACGCUCCAAGUUCGAUGACCUCGUUCGAUCUCUCAUUGACAUUGCUAUCUCCUCCCAGUGCGAACAAGCCCUAAGGGAAGCUGUAUUGGAUGCAUUGUUGGAGUUUGUGAAGGUUGGGAACUCAGGAAAAUUUCACUCUUCUAUAUACCACCGCAUCCUUCAUAGUAUUGUUCACACCUCUUCAUUAGGGGUAGAUGAUAUUUUGCUGCAUUUGAUUGCAGAGAAGUAUUUCAACUAUAUUGACAUUUGUUAUUUUACUUACAUUAGCCUGGAAAGGCUUUCCCGAACAAUAGAAGACAAAUACAUCACUGAAUAUGAUAAUAAGAUCUCACAUGGAAGCGAUGAAACUUCUUCAAGAGAAAGCAUGGAACUAUCAAUUCAGAAGAUGUAUUAUAUGCUGUCUCGUAUCAAACCAUUUGAGGGGCUUCGUGAACUGUCAGAAUAUAAAAUGUGGAAUGGUUUAGGUACUUUUAUUGUGGAAAACAAUAAGAAGGAAAAUACUUUAGAUUCAAAAGCAGAAAGUAAGCUUGGCAAAGCUAAGAGUUCCAGUGAUACGGUUUUGCCUUCUGUGAAAGUUGCUAAAAAAAUGAAGCAGAAGUUCACAAAAGCAUGGAUAUCAUUCCUUAAAAUGCCGCUUCCAGUUGAUGUAUACAAAGAGGUUUUGGUUACCCUUCAUCAGGCUGUCAUCCCUUCCUUGGCAAACCCAAAUAUGUUAUGUGAUUUCUUGACACGAUCAUAUGAUAUUGGCGGGGUUGUCAGUGUUAUGGCUCUUAGCAGCUUGUUUAUUCUCAUGACUAAACAUGGUAUAGAGUAUCCAAACUUCUACGAAAAGCUAUAUGCUCUUCUAGAGCCCUCUGUUUUUAUGGCUAAACAUCGGGCAAAAUUCUUUCAGCUUCUCGAUUCUUGCCUGAAAUCGCCACUCCUUCCUGCUUACUUGGCAGCUGCUUUUUGCAAAAAAUUAAGCAGACUUUCGCUUUCAGUUCCUCCCUCAGGAGCUCUUGUUAUUAUUGCUUUGGUUCACAAUCUUUUAAGGAGACAUCCAUCAAUAAACUGCUUAGUACAUCAGGAAGAUUUUAAUGAGACUUCGAUUGAAAAUUCGGGGGCAGAGAGUGCUGCAACUGCAGAUGCUAGUAGAGAAGUGUCUGCUAAUGCAUUGAGCAUUGAUCAUUUUGAUGAGGAGGAGAAGGAUCCUUUGAAAGCCAAGGCCAUGAAGAGUUCUCUCUGGGAGAUUGAUACUCUUCGUCAUCACUACUGCCCUCCUGUUUCGAGAUUUGUUUUAUCCCUUGAAAACGAUUUAACUGUCAGAGCAAAACCCACUGAAAUCGCAGUCAAAGAUUUCAGUUCUGCGUCUUAUGCAACAAUUUUUGGCGAUGAGAUUAGGAGGAGGGUUAAACAGGUACCCCUGGCAUUCUACAGAGAACCACCGACAUCUCUGUUCUCAGAGUCGGAUUUUCCCGGCUGGACUUUUAACUGCAAGAACCAAGAGAAUGAUGAGAUAUCUGUUAAAAGGCAGCGAGUUGAGUGCUUGUGAUGUGUGUGAUACAUCAGCUUUGACAUUCAAAUUAGGGGGCUCCAUCGAUUGUUCUAUUUUGCAAGGUUGACUCUUUUUUAAUCCCGAAAACCAAAGAAACUGCAUGCUUUACGCUCGGUUCCGUUACCCAAGUGACCACAUGCGUAGAUUAUGGCCACUGUUUUAUUUAUUGUCUGUUUGAUUGAGUUUUCACUAAGAUUAUACGCAAACAACGUUUGCAAACAUCAAACCACUAAUUUGAUUUGUUUGCAUAUGCAAGAGAGGCACCACACCUUUACGCAGUAUAGAAUACUGAGAUUCAUUGUUUCAUAGUCGGUUUGGCCCACUUAGCAAAUUCUGGUUAAGCAAUUGCAUUCUAAGGUGUAAAAGGGUUGCUUACUGGAAACAUUCUCUGAUUGUGUUGUUUUUCUCCUGUGCAUGUCGAUUUUGUUCAAACAAAAUAAGUUUGGUUGGUUGAGAUCUUGAAAUUAGAUAAAACUAGGUUGUGAUA